CGGGUGCGCGGCCCCGGAUGUUGGCUGCUCCCGCCACCGCUGCCGCCGCCGCCACCACCACUCUCGGCGCCGCUCCGGGCCUGGGCCGCUCUCUGAGGGCGCCGUUGGGACCUUUCGCGGGGAACGGAGACGCACGCAGCGGCCGGGGGCUCGGCCGGGCCGUCCCGGCCUGCGCAGCCUGAGAUUCUCUUUGUGGCCAGAUGGGUUUGUAUGGACAAGCUUGUCCAUCUGUAACUUCAUUAAGGAUGACAUCUGAACUGGAGAGCAGCCUAACAUCUAUGGACUGGUUACCACAGCUCACCAUGAGAGCAGCCAUCCAAAAAUCUGAUGCUACACAAAAUGCACAUGGAACGGGGAUUUCUAAGAAGAAUGCACUCCUUGACCCAAAUACAACGCUGGACCAGGAAGAAGUCCAACAGCACAAAGAUGGAAAACCUCCGUACAGCUAUGCCAGCCUCAUCACAUUUGCAAUUAAUAGCUCACCUAAGAAGAAGAUGACAUUAAGUGAGAUUUACCAAUGGAUUUGUGAUAACUUUCCGUAUUAUAGAGAAGCUGGCAGUGGUUGGAAGAAUUCCAUACGACAUAAUCUGUCACUGAACAAAUGUUUCCUUAAAGUGCCUCGGUCCAAGGAUGAUCCCGGAAAGGGUUCUUACUGGGCAAUAGACACCAAUCCGAAGGAAGACACGCUGCCUACUCGGCCAAAGAAGAGGGCAAGAUCUGUAGAACGGGCCUCAACUCCAUAUAGCAUAGAUUCAGAUUCUUUGGGAAUGGAGUGUAUUAUUUCGGGAAGUGCCUCUCCAACUCUGGCAAUCAACACUGUGACUAACAAAGUAACACUGUACAACGCUGACCAGGAUGGUAGUGAUAGCCCUCGAAGCAGCCUUAACAACAGUCUCUCAGACCAGAGUUUGGCGUCUGUUAAUUUGAACAGUGUUGGAAGUGUACAUAGUUAUACACCGGUCACUAACCAUCCAGAACCAGUCUCUCAGUCAUUAACACCUCAGCAGCAGCAGCCACAGUACAACCUUCCAGAACGAGAGAAACAGCUACUUUUCACAGAAUACAAUUUUGAAGAUCUCAGUGCCUCAUUUCGGAGUCUUUAUAAGUCAGUUUUUGAGCAGUCACUUAGUCAACAAGGUUUAAUGAGCAUCCCUUCGGAAUCUUCCCAGCAGUCCCACACUUCAUGUUCCUAUCAGCACUCUCCUAGCAGUACAGUGACCUCUCACCCACACAGCAACCAAAGCAGCCUGCCCAACAAUCACAGUGGCCUCAGCGCCACAGGUAGUAAUUCGGUUGCACAGGUCUCGCUGUCCCACCCCCAGAUGCACCCCCAGCCCUCUCCACAUACACCCCAUAGACCGCAUGGUUUACCCCAGCACCCACAGCGUCCCCAGCACCCAGCACCACACCCACAGCAACACAGCCAGCUACAGCCGCCUCACUCCCAGCACCCCCCUCCACAUCAGCACAUACAACACCAUCCAAACCAUCAGCAUCAGACAUUAGCACAUCAGCCACCACCACCCCCGCAACAGGUCUCCUGUAAUUCUGGUGUUUCAAGUGAUUGGUAUGCAACACUCGAUAUGCUGAAGGAAAGCUGUCGAAUUGCCAGCAGUGUUAACUGGUCAGAUGUAGACCUUUCACAGUUCCAAGGUCUGAUGGAGAGUAUGAGGCAGGCGGAUCUCAAGAACUGGUCAUUAGAUCAGGUUCAGUUCGCUGAUCUCUGUUCCUCUCUUAAUCAGUUCUUCACACAGACUGGCCUUAUCCACUCGCAGAGUAAUGUUCAGCAGAAUGUCUGUCACGGUGCCAUGCACCCAGCAAAGCCUUCCCAACACAUCGGGGCAGGAAAUUUGUACAUAGAUUCCAGGCAAAGUCUCCCUCCCUCAGUAAUGCCACCCCCUGGUUAUCCUCAUAUUCCACAGGCACUCAACACUCCAGGAACUACGAUGGCAGGUCAUCACGGAGCCAUGAACCAGCAGCACAUGAUGCCUUCCCAAGCCUUCCCAAUGCGGCGCCCUCUGCCUCCAGAUGACAUCCAGGAUGACUUUGAUUGGGAUUCAAUAGUGUAGGCUUGUUUCUGCAAGACAGCAGACUCCAGGAUUCUUUUUGUUCAGUGAAAGGACGGAUUAGAGGCCGGUUGAGAAAACAAAGCGAUGUUACCAGUGCUAUCUAAAUUCCUUUCGAAGACAAUCAGAGAUUCUAGCUGGGUAACUUAACUGCUUUUAUCCAACCCAAGCAAGAACUACAUGUUUGUCUCCCUGCCAGUACCCUCUGUAGCUCCUAACUGUUGUGAUUUGGACAGCUUUUUGCAUAUUUGUGUCAGUUUGAUGUUGACCACAAGUGCCAGACUGAUUUUUCAGACAGAGCCUAUUUUGCUGCGAGCAGUUUAUAGAUACAUAUGUGUAAAUAUGUGUACAAAUAUUACUGAAAGGCUUCAAGUUUUUUCUAAUUGGAUUAUUGUAUCUUGAAAAGAAAGUUACUGUCAGUUUUUAUUCCUUGUUAGGCCAUUUUCUGCAGGAUGCUUUCAAAUGAUACAGAGAGCUGAAAGGAAAUCAGUUUUUCAAAGCCCAGUUUCCUUUAUUUAAUCUUCAGAAAUAGGAGUAAUCAUGAAUCCACCGAGUAAGUCAAAGAAUCUGGAAUUGGUACUCUCAACAGUGCAGAGGGCCAUUGUUCCUGAGCAAGCUUGUCACUUGUCACGCGGGGUGUUGUAGAGAGUGUGUUGUACCUGUCAGUGUGAUUCCUCAGCUGCAUCUUGGCAGCUCUGAAAUGUGUGGGCUGACUGAAACUGGGUAUUGCUUGGCUCUUCAAACAAACCAAUGUCUCCAUUGUCACUUAUGUAUUUAUUAUUCAAAAGUGUUAUUUUAAUAUUUAUUGCUCUGUGAAUGCACAGUUCUGUUGGAUUCACUAGGGAGGGAUUUGUCUGAAAGCAUGGUUAUUUUUCUGGAUAAAGUUUACAGACAAAGACAAUCAGAAGCAUUGGUCCUUCUCUUUAUCAUCACUCCUUACCAGGUGAGCGUGCUUCCUGUCUUGCUUAGCCUUCCUGCUGGGGGAGACUUAAUAGCUAUGUAGGAAUUUCCUGGAAUUUGAAUCAGUCUAUCUAGGCAGCAAGAUACAGAGGCUGGGUUUAUACUGCAGUGUCCCUGCUGUUGGUAACGCUAGCAGGGGCUGCAUGCGACUUGAGUGCAGUGACUGACUGCGUGACCUGCUGUUCGGUCUGUGUGUCCCCAGCAUGAAGCACCUCAGAGCUUUGAUCAGUUGCUUUGUUUUGUGUCAUGUCACAGCUUGCAAGGGUUGACUGUGUUGAUUUUAUAAUGAAAGUAAAGAAAGGAGAUUCUCCUCCCCACAGUGAAUAGAUCGUUAAUUGGUUCUUUACAGAGAGGGGGAAAUCCAUUUUAAUGAGGAAAUAGAUUCUGUCAAAUCAAGAAGAAAUAACUGGUCACCAGUUGCUUGUUAGUGUCUCUGGGCUAAGCAGUGCUUAAUCACAUUGACUAACCUCAGCGAGUCUGUGGAUGAGUAAUCUCUACUUGAACAAAGGUUUGUUUGUGUGUGUGUGUGUGUGUGUGUGUGUGUGUGUGUGUGUAAGUGCAAGAGAUCAUGAAAGAGACGGGGCGGGGGGGGAAUGAGAAUAUCUGUGUAUGUAUUAAUGGAGUGUUGUCUUGAAUGAAUCCCUGGGAAGCCAUGGGGAGUGCAGGGAAGAAGGGAGAGCCUCGGGCUUCUCUGUUGCUUGGACCCCCACUUGGCAUGAGAGAAAGAAGCUCAGGUACAGAGGACUCUCAACCAAUAGCCAACAGGCCUCACUCGGAAGGACCGGGCAAGAUGAGAUGGCUGUCUGCAGAGAAAAAGCUUGGGAAAAUGAGGUCCCCAGUAGUUUACUCAAGUCUCUGUUUUCUAGACACCAAAAUGGCUGCUCCGUGACUAGGAUUGCUCCGCAGCAGUGUGCACUUUAAAUGAUUGGGUGUUGGAGUAUCGCAGUCUGAAACAGCAUGGCUUGAUGAGUUUACAGAUUAUGUGAAGCUAACUUCCCAUUUGACAAUUACUGAUUUGCAGUGAUCAAUAUAUUUAUGAAUGUUUAAACUGACCAAGAAUGGCACUUGAGGCCAGACUCACCACUCUUCUGUGAUUCCCUGUUUCCCUGGGGCUCAGCAAGCCUGAGUGCCUGGGCAGGGAAGGCUACCUGGUGGGCGCAGAGUCCCUCUAGUGGCCAUUUCUGAUUUAUUUGAUGACACACAGCAAGUUCUCUAGGGCUGAAAUUAACUGGAGACUUUGGGGUAAAGACUAACAAACAUACAUACACAGAUGGGGCGCUCUGUCCAGGAGAAGAGUCCGACUGGCAUUUGUGGCAGUGUUUGAAAUGUAAAUGUACUCCUGUGUGUUCCUGUAAAUAUUUAAUAUGUGUCUCAGACGUCCUUUGAAGUGGGAGGGGAUCGAUGUUGGGAUAAUUUCCGAUGGAAUAGAGUAUUUUGAUAUGGUCAUUGGAAGGGUGAUGUGUACAUACUUAUACUGUAUAUAUGUGGUGACAUGCAUUGGCUUUUGUGCAGAAACAACCUGCUCUUGUGCUGCUGUUGGACAGUCAAGUGUUUUAAUGUUUCUACAGUUUUCCUAUUGCACGAUUUCAUAUUCUGCCAAUGGUGAGUGGCACCCAUUCUUUGUAACCGUAUAGUGCUGUAAAGAAAUAUUCCAAGUGUCAUUAGGAUUGUCGCUGCCAGAACUGAUAUGCAUGGAUGGCACUUAAAAUAAAUAUAUUAUGAUAACUGUA